ACUGACCCCAACGCUUCGAACUCCAUACCUAUGGACCUUAUGAUAGUUCCAAUCCGUGUCUUUGUCUCUAAGCUGGUGAUAAAUGCUGCGCACGACGCGGCGAUCUGUUGCUCGCGAUGCGGCAGAGUGGGAAGCAGAAGACGUGACAGCCAUCCUCAACGAGGAGGCUGCCAACUUGACGCGAAGCUCUCCCCGGAAGAGGAAGCGAGAAUCCCGCGGCGGCUCCAGUGCGACAAGCCCCUCGAACAAACGUAUCCAACUCGGGCAGCCCACCCCGUCUACCUCUAACCUGCCCAUGUCAACAACUGCAAGUCCCUCGCGGCGCAAAUCCGGAAGACUGCAGGCGCGGAAGUCGCUUUCAGCACCUAAACAUGUCAAUCGACCCGACCUGUACGAGAUCCCUGAUGACCCCGAACCGAAAGCUGGGACAAACCCCUUGUUGAAGCCGAUCAAGAAGUUCAGGCCGCUCAAUGUCCGACCACAACAGACUGCUUCGCCUUUCAAGGGCAAGGGUGUCCUGGAAACUAGAACAAAUGCGCUGGUAAACUUGGACGAUUCACCUCGAAAGAGGCCUGUGAGGAAUCGAAUUGAGAAGAUUGGCCGGUCUCUUCACAAAGCCCGUCGCCCUGCGAGCAAGCUAAAGGAAACGAGUGCGAUGGUGGAUCAGUUACCCUUUGACGGUGAGGAUAUUUUCGAGGCUUCCCAGAGAGAAGAACUUGGGCAGAAGUCCUCACAACAUGGUCGAAGUUCUCCAGAAGAGUCUCCCCCAGUCGAAGAUGUCCCGCCCAGACCUUCGAAAAAGGCACUCCCGUCCAAAGAACGACACCCCGCCCAAACAGGGAGUGACGCCGACGCCGAGCUUGGGCGAAAUCCGCAAUCCCCGGCAAUAUAUUCUAAUCCACUCCCGGAAGUUGCAAAGCAAACAUUGGCUAAAGAAACGUCCAAGCCCGUUAUUGUCGACGAGGCGGUUGAAGAAGGCCGAGAGAAGGAAGCAGACAAUGCGGCAUACGAGGAAGGACGAGCACCUGUGGAACUUCCUCCGGAACGAAGUCAGCGGCCACGGACUCGAGCUGAACGAGACGCUGCAGAGCAGUCUGCGGCCGAGGCAGAAGCCAAACGAGAGCAAAUGGUUAAAGACACUUUGUCAGGCAUCGAGGUAGCUGUGCAAAUCCGUGAAUGCAAGGAUGCCUGGACAGACUCCCUUGUUGCUGCUGCCGAAAUUGCUGAGAACCGCACUUCCUCUGGAGCAGAGUCGAUCAAAGGCAAGGCUUGUGCGCGUGAGUUCAAAAAGAUGGCGCAUAUUUACAAGAAGCUCCAUCGUGGAAAUUCUGGGUCCCCUAGACGACUGGAAUAUGAAAAGCGGGAGACGCUGGGACUGUUGAAGCGACGAUGCAAACAUAUCUGUGACUACCACUAUAAGCCCGAUAUGCCAUACGACCUCGAGCGGAAGAGGAUGGUACGUGACUUGUACGAGCACUUGAUUCCUAGCUCACUCGACCUGGCCAAGCGAGCGCUCAAGACCUUAUUUCAAAACGAUGAGUUCAGUAUGGCGGCCUUGAGGGAAAUCUGCCAACUUCUGAACAUAACAUCCAGGCUAGUGAACAACGCCCAGGCUUGGAGGCCGCGACCUGAGCUGGGAAAUGCGGUCAAAAGCAAGACACACUCGGACAUCAAGCCCAAUGUUGAAACCAUUGUGGAGAAGUAUCGUCGUGCCAUUGACGAGGAUGAACGAGAGAGAUUCGUUGACGAGCUCGAAGUUCGACAGAAGCAGAAUUUGGAGAGACAGCAAGCCGAAUACCAGCGCAGAAGAGAGGCCGUGCGGGCAAAACAUCGACAAUAUCGCUGUCAUGCUUACCACGAUGGUGCACCGCUACCAGACCAGCCAGUUCCCGGCUCACAGCGGCCCCUGGUUGAUAUUGACGACAUAUCCAUCGACGACGAACGUGCCUGGGCAGAGCCUGGACGCCGAGAAGGAACCGGACAUGCCAACGGGGCGGCUGCACCUAUCAGACCGGGACUAAGACGAGAACCCACUGAAGACAUUCCCCCUCCAGAUGAGACGGAAUGGAGUCAAAAUGAACUGAUUGUGUUGGUCAACGCCCUGCAAGAGUUUACCAGUGAGUCAAGAUGGGAGGAUAUCAUUGACGCCUAUGGCGGGCCUUGCGGGAGACUGGAGAGAUACGACAUGGAUCAGAUCAUGGCGAAGGCUAGAUGGGUCAAGCAGACCAUGGCGAGACAGCUGGAGGACGAGCUGGACGAGUCCUGGGACUGGUUGAGGAGUGUCCCGGGCUGAAUGUACAACACAGAGACUGUAGUAUUACUUUUGAUAGCGUUUGCUUCAUGAUACCCCUGACUUGGUCUGCAGGUUGUUGAUACCAAUGAAUGAUAAGCCAAUCCACAUGGCACCAAAAA